AUGACCUCUGUCAACGACACUGCUUCAUAUCCCUCUGCCUUCCUUUUGCUGGGCAUCCCAGGUCUGGAAGCUUUCCAUGUGUGGAUUUUACCUUCCCUUUCUUUGUUGUUUAUCUAUCUGAUAGCACUUGGGGGGAAUUUUGCAAUCCUGUGUGUGAUUAAGAUGGAGCAGAGCCUUCAUCAGCCCAUGUUCUAAUUUCUUGCUCUUCUUUCUUUUAUUGAUCUAGGUCUCUCCACUUCUACCAUUCCCAAGAUGCUGGAUAUCUUCUGGUUCAACCUUAGCGAGAUAAGCUUUGAAGGCUGCCUCAUUCAAAUGUUCUUUAUACACACCUACACUGGUAUGGAGUCUGUUGUGCUCUUGGCCAUGGCAAUUGACCGCUUUGUUGCCAUCUGUUACCCAUUAAAAUACACCACUAUCCUCACAAACAAGGUGGUAGCUAUCAUGGCCUCUGUUGUAGUGGGAAGGCCAGGCCUCCUUGUCAUUCCCUUCUGCCCUCUUCUCAAAAGACUGCCCUUCUGUGGACACUACAUUAUCCUUCAUAUCUACUGUGAACACAUGGGAAUUGCUCAUCUGGCCUGUGCCAGCAUAAGGAUCAACAUCUUCUAUGGCUUAUUUACCAUCGCUUUCCUGAUCUUUGACUUAAUUCUCAUUGCAUUCUCUUAUGUUCAGAUCCUACAAGCUGUUUUCCACCUUCCUUCCAGGGAUGCCAGACUCAAAGCACUUAGCAUAUGUGGUUCACACGUUUGUGUCAUAUUGGCCUUUUACUCACCAGCAUUUUUCUCUUUCAUGACUCACCAGUUUGGUAGAAAUAUCCCUCGCUACAUUCACAUCCUUCUGGCCAAUCUGUAUGUGGUUGUUCCUCCUUGUUUAAAUCCAGUCAUUUAUGGAGUCAGGACAAAACAAAUUAGAGAGGCAAUUGUGAGAAUAUUUGUAAAGAAAAAGUAA